GGCGGCCGCGCCCCCGGCGCGGAGACAAAGCCGGGGCCGAGCGCUGGAGGCGAGCGGCGGGGGCGGCCCCGCUCCGCGGACAGGCGGGAGGCUGCAGCGGGAGCUGAGCUGACUUCUCCGGCAGCACCUCCCCACCCCGCGGCCAGGCUGUAGCCGAAAGCACCGCCCGGGACCAUGGGGAGCAGCAAGAGCAAGCCCAAAGACCCCAGCCAGCGGCGGCGCAGCCUGGAGCCCACGGAGAACACCCACCAUGGGGGUUUCCCUGCCUCGCAGACACCCAGCAAGGCGGCUGCCCCCGACGCCCACCGCACCCCCAGCCGCUCCUUCGGGACCAUGGCUGCUGAAUCCAAGCUCUUUGGGGGCUUCAACACCUCUGACACGGUCACCUCACCGCAGCGCGCCGGGGCGCUGGCUGGGGGAGUCACCACCUUCGUAGCCCUCUACGACUACGAGUCCCGCACAGAAACAGACUUGUCCUUCAAGAAAGGAGAGCGCCUGCAAAUUGUCAACAACACGGAAGGUGACUGGUGGCUGGCUCAUUCCCUCACUACAGGACAGACGGGCUACAUCCCCAGUAACUAUGUCGCGCCCUCAGACUCCAUCCAGGCUGAAGAGUGGUAUUUUGGGAAGAUCACUCGGCGGGAGUCCGAGCGGCUGCUGCUCAACCCUGAAAACCCCCGAGGGACCUUCCUGGUCCGGGAGAGCGAGACCACGAAAGGUGCCUACUGCCUCUCUGUGUCCGACUUUGACAACGCCAAGGGGCUCAAUGUGAAGCACUACAAGAUCCGCAAGCUGGACAGCGGCGGCUUCUACAUCACCUCCCGCACGCAGUUCAACAGCCUGCAGCAGCUGGUGGCCUACUACUCCAAACAUGCUGAUGGCCUGUGCCACCGUCUCACCAACAUCUGCCCCACGUCCAAGCCCCAGACCCAAGGCCUUGCCAAGGAUGCCUGGGAAAUCCCCCGGGAAUCGCUGCGGCUGGAGGUCAAGCUGGGACAGGGCUGCUUCGGAGAGGUGUGGAUGGGGACCUGGAACGGCACCACCCGGGUGGCCAUCAAGACGCUGAAGCCUGGCACCAUGUCCCCAGAGGCCUUCCUGCAGGAAGCCCAGGUGAUGAAGAAGCUCCGACAUGAGAAGCUGGUUCAGCUCUACGCUGUGGUGUCAGAGGAGCCCAUUUACAUUGUCACUGAGUACAUGAGCAAGGGGAGCCUCCUGGACUUCCUGAAGGGUGAGAUGGGCAAGUACCUGCGGCUGCCCCAGCUCGUGGAUAUGGCUGCUCAGAUCGCAUCUGGCAUGGCCUAUGUGGAGAGGAUGAACUAUGUCCACCGGGACCUCCGGGCAGCCAACAUCCUGGUGGGGGAGAACCUGGUGUGCAAAGUGGCUGAUUUUGGCUUGGCACGACUCAUCGAGGACAACGAGUACACGGCUCGGCAAGGUGCAAAGUUCCCCAUCAAGUGGACGGCCCCCGAAGCAGCUCUGUACGGCAGGUUUACCAUCAAGUCAGAUGUCUGGUCCUUUGGCAUCCUCUUGACCGAGCUGACCACCAAGGGCAGAGUGCCAUACCCAGGGAUGGUGAACCGGGAGGUGCUGGACCAGGUGGAGCGGGGGUACCGCAUGCCCUGCCCGCCCGAGUGCCCCGAGUCCCUGCACGACCUCAUGUGCCAGUGCUGGCGGAAGGACCCGGAGGAGAGACCCACCUUCGAGUACCUGCAGGCUUUCCUGGAGGACUACUUCACCUCGACAGAGCCCCAGUACCAGCCUGGAGAGAACCUAUAGACACGGGGCUCCUCCUGGCACCAGGGACACUGCUGUCCCCACUGCGGGGCGCCGAGGGUUGGCCUCCCCAGCAAGGGGCUGUGUUCGUGGAGCAGCCCUGGAGCAGGACAGGGCACUAGCUCCAGAUGCAGCCAGGGGAGCCCCUGGGUUCCCCCAUCGCUCAUUAAGACUUGUGGCCCGUGUUUAAUGAAGCGGCGCUGUUCUGCUGGCGAGAGGAGCCUGUGGGCACCAACAGAGCCAGCUCAGGAGGGCAAGCAGAGCAUCUCCUGCCAAGAGACUUGGGUUUUGGGAGACUUUCCCCCUCACAGCUCCGGGGUUAGCCAGGAGGAUUUGAGGGACAGCAUCACCCCACCUCAGACACACGGUCCCAGUCUCCUGCAACCCCUCUCUAAAUCAGCACAAAUUUCCCUGCCCCUUCACCCUCCCCACCAUCUCCCUCUUGGCUCCAGCUCUCCCAAAGGUGCUGGCAGAGAUGUUUUGCCACAGGGAUGUCACAAUUCCAGGCUGGCUUGAAUGGAGUGAUGUGCCAGGAUGGUGGUGGCAGCAUGGGAUGACCGCAGAACUCUGGUUGUCCCUCUGGUCUCACCAUGACAUUAAGGGCUGGUGGGUUCUGGGACUCUCAAAUGUGACAGCUCCAGGCUCUGGUGACCAACACUGUCCCAUCAGAGCACCCAAGCACACAAUCAAAUCUUCCAGCUAUGUCUGUUCCCCCAAGAGACACAUCUUGCCUCUCUGGGGAGCAGGACUGGGGAUACCAGCAGAGCCUUCACCCUGCUGUGCUUUGUCCCACCACAUGCUCCAGGUCUUCCAGCCAGACCCUUGGGAAGUACCCCCAGCCACCCUCCCCAGCUCUGCCACCAGCUUUCCCACCAGCAGAGUCCCCUGGGCUGGCCCUGCCACCAAAUCCAGUGCCACUGUGGUGCUUGGGUGCGUGGCCCGUGUAGUGUUCUGGGUGUGGGAAUGUUUUGGAGGAAGUACUCGACUUUCACAGAUAGUUUUGUCCACCUGGUAUGUUUUUAGCUGCCUUCCCUCUACCCAUUGUGUCUCAGCUUCCAGGCAGCAGUCCCCAUGCAGCACCCCCAGCCACAUUCCCCAUCUGGAAGUGCUGUGCCACAUUUGCAUCCUCAUCUCCCCUCUGCUGGCUCCCAAAGGCCUCAGCCAUGUCUCAGCUGUGGGUGGCUAUUCCUGCCCAGCUUUGUCCCACACACCUCUUGUGGGGCUGAUCCCUGGUGUAGGCAAGGCAAGGCUCAUCUCCUGCCCUCUCCCACCCAGCACCUGCUUGUACAUAACCUUUGAGUGGUCACUGCACCUUCCCAGACCUUGACUUCAUUGCAUGUGUCAGUUUUCCCUGUCCUGUGGCUGUACCCUGCUGGAAAGCCUUCACCAUGGUGGUUCACAAGGCUUCACUCCUUCACCUCCUGGGUCCCAGAGACCUUGCUCAGAGAGACCUGGGGGUCUUCAGAUGCUCUCCUGGAGUACAAAGGGUUGGGGGCUUGGGGGAUGUUGUGGGCAGGGGUACUGGAGGGAAGGACCUGGAAAGGGGAGCCAGUGACUGUGUCCUCCUCUCAGUCCUCAGGCUUUCUGUGCCUCCUCAUCACCUUUGGGAUGGUGUUUGCCUCUGGCACAGCCUCCUUGCAGGCAGCAGACCCAACCCAUCCCUCACCAGCCCCUGCCAUGCUGCCAGUGUCCUACAAAAGCUGGAUGGGAGCCAAGCAUGGGCAGGAGGUGGCCAAAACCCCUGCCCCAGUUCUCCACCAGAGCAGGACCCAGGCAAGCCACUGCCUCUCACUCACUCACUCCCACAGUGCCCUGGUGUGGUUUGAUCCAGCCACUUAUUUAUGAACCAAGUACACGGUU